CAGCUAUUUUUUCAAAUUCAAACGGAAAUCCACCCUCUCCCUAUAUAUUUGCUUCACCCUUGGUCAUUUUAACACACCUUUUUCACAUCAAAAUCCCCUCUUUUACAUAAUUCUUCAAUUUUUUCUUUUUUUUUUGCUUCAAUCAUGGCCGGAGGAAAGAAGACAAAGGCUUUGAAGAAGAAGGUCACCACCGAGGCUACGUCAUCUGCGCCUCAACCCUUCCCUUAUCUCGACGGUUCCUUCUUGGAGUUCGGGUCAGAAGAAGAACUCACACGCUUCAUCACCUACUUCGCCAAGCGCCCGAUCUCUCCGCCCCGCGUGCUCCCGGAGCUGUACCCUCAACAAAAGGGGUACCACGAACUCGACAAUCAACUCAAAGAGUCGGGUCUGUGGUCGUUCGUCUCCAGAAGCCGUCAAUCCUUCAAUCCCGCCUACGUUCGGGCUUUCUACUCCAAUCUCCGCCGGGAUGGGGACACUAUUCGCAGCAGCAUCAAUCUCGUGGACUUCGAGUUUGAUUUGGCUCCCUUUGCCAGGAUCGCAGGUUUGCCCACUCGCGGUGACGACAUCGCGACUUAUGGUGGCGAUGAUUGGAUCCUCAACAACGAGGCGGUGGUCAUCCAAGAGCUGGGAAUCACCAACCUCGUCCGUCACAGCGACGCACCAACCAUUCACUCAGCCCCGCCGCAGAAGCGCCUUCUACUCUACAUCCUCACCCAGAUUCUUCGCCCCCGGGACGGCAGCCACACUUGUCUCUUCAACGAGGAUCUCAAGGCCGUUCAUGCAAUCACCCAUGGCGCCUCGAUCAAUUGGGCGAAAUACGUCAUGAUCCACAUGGCGGAUUGCGCCUCAAUCGCCACCGAAAGGAGCUUGCCCUACGCCUUCCUCGUCAUGGAUCUCAUUGUCGCGGCCGAAAUC